GGAGACCAUAGCAUAUGGACGGGAGGCCGAGUAUGCCGACCGAAAGAGCUGGACUAUUUUUCACGUUGUAAAUCACUGUCUGCGGCAUCACCAUGGUUACCAGGAAGUGGGCCAAGAUCUUGUACAAGGAGCAAGGAGUCCCGGACAACUAUGUAGACGAUUCCUUCCUAGAUGAACUGAAAAAGAAUUUACAUACAAGAACAUAUGAAUAUUGGAAUGUUGUUCAUGAAACUGGAGUGGUCACACAACAGCUAAGCAGCGUGUGCUUGUUUGUCGUGGCCCAUAUCUUCAUGCUGAAGGAGCGGUUGUCCCCAUCCUUCCUGCUGUGUGUUGGCGGAUUACUCACUGUGUGUGGAUAUCCAGUGUUUAGGUGGCUAGAGAGGCCAGAUGAUAAUGCCAAAGUUCAAAGGUCUGUUUUAGAUGACCUACGGUCCAGCUGUAUUUUUCUCACAUUCUCGUUUGGGAUGUCACCGAUACUUAAGACCUUGACCGAUUCAAUCAGUACAGAUACCAUCCAUGCUAUGACGGUGUUCAUGCUACUGGGUAACCUAAUCUUCUAUGACUAUGGCACAACUAAAGUUGUUGCCUCUCAGCAUCUGUCGCUGAAUGCAUCGAUCUUCGCUGCAGUGUGUCUUGCAUCAAGACUACCAACUACUCUCCAUGCUUUUGCCACGGUGAUUCUUGCCAUGCAGCUCUUUGCCCUCUGGCCCACACUCAGGAAACGAUUAAAGAAAGAGGUUCCCAAGACCCAGCCCAUCAUGACAUGGGUUAGUGCCGGCAUUGCCUUCAUCGCUUUGUACUCCGUGAGAGUUGUCCCUGCCAUAGCAUUUGGGUUAGCUCACCUGUUUGUAACCUACCUGUGCCCCUUGUGGCUCAUUAAAUUACAACCAUAUAAAAAUAACAUCCAUGGUCCUUGGGAUGAGGCCAUUAUACAUCACUAGUAGGAGAACGUCUGAAGUAACCACAUCAAGUCUUUCAUCAACUACGGGAUACAACUAGGGAGUUUCUUUUUUAAUGGGUUAACUCCACAAGAGGAAAAUCUGAUGCAGCUACCUCAAGCCAGUCAGUAGUAGGAUUUCCCUUUCGACAACUACCGAGUGCCAUAUUGAAGGUAUUUACGUUAUAAGAAGCAGAUCUCGUGCAACUGCGUCAAGUCUUUCAUCAAGUAUGAAUUUCCCUUACAAGUAGGGAGUUCUGAAAUGAUGGCAUUAAUACCACUAGGAGUAGAUCUGAUGGAACUGCAUCAGGUCUUUUGUAAAGUACGUACUGCCCUUACAAGUAGAGAUUUCCGUAUUGAAGGUAUUAAUAUUACUUGCAGGAGAUCUGAGCUGACUUCAUCUGGGGUCCGUUGCAGAAAGAGUCGCGUUUAAACGCAAGUAAAAAAAUCAAUGGCAAGUCCCAAAUGCGUGCUGUUGAUUGGUUGAAAAUCAAGUUACGCAUGAUUUUUAGAGUUGUGAUUGAUUGCAACUCUUUCUGCAAUGGGGCCAGGUGGGUGUUUCAUAAAGCUGUUCGUAAGAUAAGAACGACUUUAAGAACGACUGGUGAUCCUUUCUUUUGGUAUAAUGGUAUACACCAUAGGCGAUGGUUUAGCGCGUAAGAAAGGAUCACCAGUCGUUCUUAAAGUCGCUCUUACCUUACGAACAGCUUUAUGAAACGGCCCCCAGGUCUUUCAUAGGUAUAGAGUUCUUUUACAAAUAUGAAAGGUGCCUUCUUUCGAGUGCGUAGUUCAUACUGAAAUGGUCUGUCACUCGAAGGCCUUGUAACAUGAAGCUCAGUGAACAAUCUGGGGGCUGAUUUUUGUGAUUGAUCAUACAUGCUUAUCAAGACGAGCAAUGCAAUCAAUUGUAGAAAUGAGCCCAGUAUUCAUUACCCAGCCAUGGAUGUUUUAGGCAACAUAUGCUGAUGUACAUGUACGUAUGGCAAGCUGUAAGAUAUAAUUCAAUUUUACAAAUAUCAAGAAACAGGAAAAGAUGAUAGAAUGGCUUUCCAUAUGUAGAUCAGCAUACACUUGCCUUUUUAAUUUUUUUUAUUGUAUGAAAUGUAGUAGCAGUAUAUAAUUAUUUAUCUGAAGCUGAUUGAGUAUAGUGCAAAUAUAUCUGCUUUGAUGUAAAAUCUCCAAGAUAAUUCGAUAACUCAGUCAUGGUUUCCCAUGAAAUUAUUAUGUCUAUUUUGGACAGCUGCAUCAUGUUCAGCUGUCAACUUGGCCUGCUGGUUCGCGAACAUUGAUGAUUCACUUAGGCACGUCAUCAAUAAUCCCUUAUGCGUCGCUACCCGUGGCGACGAAAUCUCAAGAUCCGGGUCUGAUUCCAGAUGGAGCGACGAGAGCUUACGCAACCCGACGACCCCCCUUUUCCCAUUCAUUUUGGGUGACACCCCUUCCUGUUGCAUCCUUUUAUCUUGCCGACUGCUGAUUGGAGCGUCUCGCUGCGUCACAAAUUAUAAUGACGAAUCGAUAUGACUGCUGACAACAUCCGGGUUGCGGGAAGCAAACGUGAUUGCUAUCUAAACCUAGCACAUGCAUGCCUUUGAAAUAGUUUUAUUUUUCGCUUUAACUGCGAUGAAUUAUAAAAUAAACGAUUUUAUCAUAAUAAAUGUGACAUCAACCAGAAAGCAUUAAAAAAAACCCAAAGUACUUGGAAACCACCUGCAAAUCGUUAAUUUAAAAGACAUUGACGUCUUCUCGAUUCAAACGCAAGUUAUAUUAAUUUUAGAAAUGAGAGCUAAUUCAGCUAAAAGUUAUGGCCAUCGGCUCUUUACACUCUGACGUCGCUUUGCCACGGAGCUUGUAUCUCUAAUCGAUAUUAUUUUACCAUGGUCAUCAUAUUUCUCACCUCGACAUCGCUCCCGUGAUCAUAGAUUAUUUUCUGAUGUACGAGUACUUACCGCCGUCGGCGCUAAUUACUCCCUGACAUCGCUUACCACCCACGGAGCACAUUCUGUAGUCAUUGAUAUUAUUAUUUUUUUUUUCAAUAUGUUUUAUUGAUUUUCAAAGGUUUACAAUCAUCGAAUCAAUAUACAUGUAACAAAAGAAAAAAUAAGCAGCAAAAAUAAAAAUAAAUAACAAUAAUAAGAAUAAUAAAACAUAUAAAACACCAAAACAUAAAUACUGCAGCAUAAGAUACCAAAUAAGCAUUACACACAAUAUAUAUAUAUGUACAAUAAAAAUAUACAGUACAUGUAUAAGAGAAUAAUAAUGCAUUGAAUAGCAUUUUAUAAACUUAGUUUGGACAUACAUGUACAUAAUUCCACUUAAAAAGCAAAACCCAAAGAAAAGACAAUCAUUAAAAAAAGAAGAAGACAUAAAUACUCCCAUAAACGUGAUAAAGUAAAUUUAUAUGAAGAUGGAAAUGUACAAAGAUGACUGUCAACAUACAAAUAAACGUUUCUUUGGGGUAUAAUAUCAUUUUGAAGCUGCAUGAGAUCGUAAACUGUGGUAAAAAGAAAAAUUGACAUAAUUAG